AAAGGCGGCCGGAAGCUUUGUGCAUAGUACAAAGUAAAUAAACAUUAACUUUUAACUUAUACUUAUGAUUUGAGAAGAAAUCUAGUUUUCCUUGCUAUCAUUUUUAAUAUACAAUUAAUAUUUUAAUAUGGUACAUACCUGUUGCGCUUACGGAUGUUCCGAAAGAUUUAAAAAAGGAAGUGGAUUAGGAUUUUUUCGUUUCCCUUUGCAAAAAAGUCGGCGUAUUCAGUGGACGUUAGCAGUACGCCGAAAGGAUUUCAUACCCAAUCGCAGCACUCGUAUUUGCGGAAAACAUUUUAUCACAGGGAAGCCAUCAAAAGAUAUCAAACAUCCAGAUUAUGUUCCCACUAUUUUCACGUGCCACAAAGUAACGCAAAAAAGGAGGUUUCCUCUAAAGAAGUUAUGUGAAUUUGAAGAGUUGCCAGUCAUCAGCACAAAUCUUGAGAAUAACUCUUUUGAUGAGUUAAGUGAAUCUGAUAAUGACGAGUGUGUUUCAGAUUGCGAUUCAGAAGUUAUUAAUAAUGGUCAAAUUAGGUAUCCAGAAUUCAAACCAGAUGUUGAAAACUCACCUUUAAUAAAUGCUGAAACCAUUAAAAGAAUUCUUGGAAGUGAUGCAGCUAAAGACCCUUCUCUUGCUUCAGCUGAACCUUUGAAUAGUGGACAGCGCUUCAAUCCGAGGUUAUUUACUUUCAUUGAUGUCACUGGUAGAACUAUAGCUAGGUUUGUGGAAAAGCGUGUAAGGAAGAAUGCACGCCAUCUGAAACAGGAGCCUCCAGUUUCUUCCACAUAUCCUAUAGAAACAGUACAAGUCAUUAUUGACAAGAAGAGGGCAAAAACUGUUGCAGUGGAUCGUAGAGCUAUUUGUAUUUCAAACACUCCUGAAUUAUGCUGUAAAAAUAAAGCUAAGAAAACUUGCAUGGUGGAUAUUUCUGAUACUAUUUGUCUUUAUCCUGGGGAAGUUAAAAGUGAAAUAAAUAGUGAAUCAGAGACAACAUCAAUUAAAAGUGAACCAGUCAGUGAUUUAGAAAUUGAACCAACUGAAGAAGAAUUUGUUAAUUAUUUCUCGGAACUCAAGGACUUUGAGCAACUUGACAAUUGUUUUGGAAUUAAAAUUCAAGAUGUUGCAAUGUUGACAUGAUAUUAAACUGUUUAUGGAAUCGUAAUUGUUGUUGCAAGUGCAAGUGACUAGGAAACCACUUUAUCUUCACGAUAAAAAAGCCCAUUUACUUUCUGUUAAUAUGUGUAUAUAUUAUUUUGUUACGAAUCUUGUAAAACUUGAAAUUAAAUAAAAUGUUUUUGUUUAUUAA